AUGAGGCCUUGUCACUACAAACUUGAAGAUAAACGAAACCGAGUCAAUGAGCUCACUCAAUUCAUUAUCGACCAGGAGUUCACACCACCACCAGCGCUUGUUGACAACGAAGCAAUAUUCAGGAAUGUAUUGGACAGCUUAGGAAUUCAACAUAUCCAAAAGUCCUUGAAUGGAGCUGAAAGGAAGAAGGAAUUUGAUAAGCAGACCAACCUUGCAGACUCCGAUCAAAUCUACUCAAACGAUGGCGCUGACACCCAGAGCCUGGAUAUUGAAGAGUUGGAUCCGGACAUGAACUUGCUCAUGGAACCUUUCAUAAUUUUGGAAGAUAACCAUCCAUGCGAUGCUCAUUCCGAUGUCUUGACUGCACAAAGCGCCUCUGAUGAUUUCAUUCAGCCCUUUUGGGAUGGAGCCUCGUCUGCCCUGGACGAGGAGCGCAGCAAAGAUCGUGGCUCUUUACCACAGCAAUCUGGCCUUAGGCCCAGCGUCAAUGAUUUAAGGGAACCCGAAAAUGUCCCAAAUUCCGAGAUCAGUGGAAAUGAUGGCACAGAAGAUAUCGUUGACAGACUAUCCGACCGCAUGGGCAGUCUUCAAAUUGGAUCAGAUGGACAGGUUAGAUACUACGGUCCCACGUCUCAUUUCAAUCUUCUACGGAUGCCCACUCCUGAUAAUUUGACAAUUCAUCGCACAAUCCGGAAGGAUGGUCAAGACCACCUCAAUCGCAUGGGACUCGACAAAGAAGUUCCCCGGAGUAUGGAGGAGCACUUGAUCAAUUUAUACUUCACGUGGCAUAGCCCAUCCGUUGACGUGGUGAACCGAGAUAUGUACGAGAUGGCAAAGCGACAGUGGCAGGAGCAAAAGGAAGAGACGUCUUCUUAUUCCGAGGCUCUCACAAAUGCUAUGUGCUGCCUUGGGGCUGCGUUCGAGCCCCGAUACCACCCGAACUUCAUUACAUAUCCCAGGUCCCUAUCCGACUUCUUUGCAGAUCGAGCGAAGACGCUUCUUGAUAUUGAGCUCGAUUCUCCCACUAUGGCCACUGUGCAGGCGAUGGUUGUUCUUAGUGGGCAUGAUAUUGGCUGUAAACGUGAUGCUCGGGGGUGGCUAUAUAGCGGAAUGGCAAUGCGUCUAGCUUUUGAUCUGGGGUUGCACAUUGACAUGUCGCCUUAUGUCGCGAAUGGAUCCAUCAGCGAGGUUGAAGCUGAUGUGCGACGCAUGGUAUUCUGGGGCGCUUAUACAUUGGACCACCGCUGGGGUUUCCUUCUAGGACGCCCAUUCAGGAUAAACCUCGAAGAUGUCACUGUCCAGAAGCCUGGUCUUGACUUUAGGCAGGACCAGGCCCAACGGUGGUAUCCAUAUGGACUCCCUCAUCCUACCGAAUUCCCUCAUGGUCUGUCAAUAGCCAACUCUGCUUCAUCACUAAAUCUGCAUCGCAUUGCACUCUGUGAAAUAAUGACACCACUGGGUCAUGUUCUGUAUGGAUCUUCAAAGAUCUCCAGAGAAUCACUUCAGAAGCUGAAUGUGGAGACUACUGAUAGGCUGUUGCACUGGAAAGCCAAUUUACCAGAAUUCCUACAAAUCAAUAUCAAUGAGUCCACAUCCCCUCAUCUACCGCAUGUGUUACUGCUCCAUCUAUACUACCAUCAAGCGGUAAUCCAUGCUCACCGACCAUGGAUGUCAAAAAGCUCAAUCCAACCCCAGCCCCAGCAAGGCGCCGGUCACGUCCACGCAAGACAAAUGUGCGUGGAAUCAGGUACCGCAAUAGCCAAAAUCCUUCAAAUCUAUGAGAAAUUCUAUACAUUCCGCCGCAUGAACAUCCAGGUCGUGUCAAUCACCUGCUCAGCUGCACUGAUGCUCAUUUUCGCCAAAGCCCUUCACCGCAGUACUCACGACGACGAAGAAAAUGUAGCAAAUCUGAACAUCUGCUUCCGCGCACUGGAGGAAUGUGGAUCGGCCUGGGAAAGUGCUAAGCGUGCACAAAAUUUUCUUCUCCAUAUGCAAGGGCUCUGGGAUAUCCAAAUUCGGCCUUACCGGGCUGGUAAGCGGGUAGGAUCCCAAUUCAUGGGUGGUUCAGGCUUGCAUGAGGAUUUCUUGCAGUCUAAGCGAUCACGAACUUCAUCUAAACCCCUGUUGAGUGGCAAUCCUGGGCGCUUGUGGGGUGGCGAUAUCCCUGAUAUUGACUCUGAUUCUGGGGAACUUGAAUGUUUGUGGGCUGCUACGAUGAGGGCUAUGCCAACUUCACAAUAG